CUACUGAACCAUUCCACUGGCCACCUUUAGAAGUGUAGUAGUACUCUCGUAAGUCGUAGCUAGUUGGGUUUAUAUUUUCUCCGAUCUUCUUCUUGAUUAUCAUCUCUCAAAAAUGAAAUAUCUACGAUUAUUAUCUCACAAUUUCAGAACAACUCGACAAAACCCUAAACCCCAAGUUCUAGGGUUUAUUCACUCAUCAAAUGCAAACACCACGCGGAAUCACACCACUCAAUCUCAGGUAUCGACCCCAAAAUCACCGAAAAUCACCGCCAUCGCCGACGAAAUCUCGAGCUUAACACUGCUCGAAGUGGCGGACUUGACGAGUUUGCUAGGAAAGAAAUUGGAGGUCAAAGAUUUACCCAUAGUUUCAUUGAUGAUGCCGGGAAUGGGGUUCAACUUCGGCGGAAUGGGCGGCGGAGGAGGCGGAGCAGCUGCAGCAGCUCCGGCGGAGGAGGAAAAGAAGGAGAAAACGGCGUUUGAUUUGAAACUGGAAGCAGGGUUCGAUACCGGGUCGAAGAUUAAGGUGAUAAAGGAGGUGAGGAGUUUUACUGAGCUUGGUUUGAAGGAGGCUAAGGAGCUGGUGGAGAAGGCUCCUGUCGUGUUGAAGACCGGGGUAUCGAAGGACGAGGCGGAGAAGAUAAUUGAGAAGAUGAAGGCUAUUGGUGCUAAGGUGAUCAUGGAAUGAGGUUGCUCUGUCUUUAAAUUAGGCUUUUUGCUCGAGGAGUGAAGAAUUUCCUUUCUGCUUCCUGGUAUCUCGAAGCCUGCAACUUUUGCUGCACCAUACGCACCCCUUAAAAUGGACUGUGGUAGAGAAAAUUAUUAAAUUUCUUGGUUUUCCUAUCAAAUUCAAGUCCUGGAUAGAAAUCAGAAUCAUCUUUUUCGUCGUUGCAGACACUUGCAGUCUUUGCCAACUCUUUUCUUUUUACUGUGAGUAGGUGAGAUUGUGUUCAUAAAAAACGAAAUCGGAAAACUUGCACUAAAAAUUGAAAUACCAGUCUAAAGGGAUGGUAACUGUACCAAAAAGUUCAUGGUUAAAUGGUUUGUUACAAUAUCA